UGUUUAUAGGUGGCAGUAUACACCCUCAGGUGGAUUUGUUAACUCUCCAGUCAACUCUGAGCAGAAGAAGAAGAACAAGAUGGCGGAACGAGGUUACAGUUUCUCCCUCACCACAUUUAGCCCCUCUGGUAAACUGGUCCAGAUUGAAUAUGCCCUGGCAGCUGUAGCAGCCGGAGCUCCCUCGGUUGGCAUCAAAGCUUCCAAUGGAGUUGUCCUGGCAACAGAGAAGAAACAAAAGUCUAUUUUGUACGAUGAGCAGAGCGUCCACAAAGUGGAGCCCAUCACUAAACACAUAGGCAUGGUCUACAGCGGCAUGGGGCCUGACUACAGGGUUUUAGUGCGACGAGCCCGGAAGUUGGCACAACAGUACUUCUUGGUUUACCAGGAGCCAAUCCCCACAGGCCAGCUUGUCCAGAGAGUGGCCUCUGUAAUGCAGGAGUACACACAGUCUGGUGGAGUGCGUCCGUUUGGCGUUUCAUUGCUGAUAGCUGGAUGGGAUGAAGACCACCCGUACCUGUUCCAGUCCGACCCCUCUGGUGCAUAUUUUGCAUGGAAAGCCACAGCCAUGGGAAAGAACUACGUUAAUGGAAAAACAUUCCUUGAAAAAAGGUAUAACAAUGAUCUGGAACUGGAAGAUGCCAUCCACACAGCCAUCUUGACGUUGAAGGAGAGUUUUGAGGGGCAGAUGACAGAGGAGAACAUUGAAGUGGGGAUCUGCAAUGAGGCUGGCUUCAAAAGACUCACCCCAGCGGAGGUGAAAGACUACCUGGCAGCCAUUGCGUGAACACACCCUCCCUGGUGAUGGGGCUUUCAGGCCACAUUUCAAGACAAAGACAUAACUGCAUAGUAGCCAACGGUCUCAUGACACAUUUUUUUUUUAAACCACUGUCAUUCAGAUAGUUUGGCCACAUUUUGUUAUGGUCAAACAGAUUCAGCCCCAAAAAAUAGGAGAGGAUGCCCGCCUUAACUUUAUGCCCAGAUCUAUUUGAAUAAAGUGACAGCCUUUGUGUGUGUGCGCAGCUAAUGUGGCUGUCACUCGAAUCACAACUACAUUGACCAAACUCCUGUAAGUGGCUGUGAGAUGGUAGACUCUUGUUAUCACAUAACUAAUUGGCUUUGUUGUCAAACGCAAACACUGGUGCUGUGAAGUGAGAUGGUUGGCUACUGUGCAUAUGAAAAGGAAUGUGGGCUCUGAGUGAAAUCUCAAGUCUUCCAUUGAAUCCUUCAGUUUUCUUUUUUUUUCCUCAUUUCUGCUGCAAAGGCAAAGUAAUCGGUUUACAGUUGCUUGAGCGUUUGUUCAGAAUUCGAUUGCUUGUAACCGGUGUGAGAAAAUGGCUACUGGUUGCACUAAAAGUACUAAAAAUCUCUGGUAAUGAGGCAAAGAGUCAUUUGAGACUAUAAAGACGUUGGUCUUUGGGUGAUUUAUUCAGUGACAUUUUUCCCAUUAUACUCCUGACUGCACUUCAUCCCUCAAACACACUAGGAAGGAAGAUCUGCAAAAGCUAGCAAGUAGGGAGGGUGCAAUGGAAAGUUUUGAGAUUUUACAGUCAGUAUGUAGUUGCCUGUACAGCAGUUUUACACAAUGUACUCUUUUUUUUUUUUUUUUUUCAGGCUAGAAACAAGUCUAGAGUUUGUAUUUUCUCUUCUGGUAUCUGUCACUUAUUCCAAUAAAAGAUGAUGAGCUGA